AUGUUCCGCGUCUGCGCGGCUGCCCUCGGCCGCGUGGCCGUGCGCCUCCCGAGCGGCGCCGAGGCGCUCGUCGAGGCCACCGGCCCGACGGGCGCGGCGACGCUGCGCGUCGAGAGCGCCGGCGCCGCGCCGGUCGUCGUCCGGUCGUCCUGGGACGAGUUCGGGUCUGUCGUGCGCGCCGACGACGGCGGCCUCGAGGUCGUGUCGCCGCAGCGGACGUCGCUGACGCUCGCGGCCGGCGGCGACGUGGCCAUCGUCGGCAAGGUCGAGGGCGACGACGUGCGCGCGGCCGCGCGGGGCCGCCUGUCCGUCGGGACGGCGCGCGGCGCGCGCGUGGCGCUCGCCGCGGGCGCCGGCCUCGACGCGUCGCGCCUCGUCGAGGGCGUCGACGUCGACGUCGACGUCGACGGCGCCGUGGCCAUCGCGAAGCUCCAGGCGACGCGCGCGGCCGUCGCCGCGCGCGGCGGCGCGGUGCACAUCGCCGCGGCCUACUGCGCGGACCUGUCCGUGUCGAGCGACGCCGUCGACGCCGGCGCCGUGACGCUCGACACGGCCCACGGCCGCGUCGCCGCGGCGGCGCCGAACGGCGGCGUCGUGCUCCGGCGGUGCUCCGGCGCCGCGGUGGUCACCUGCGGCGGCGACGCGGAUCUGGCCUUCGACGCGGUGAACGGCGACGUCGCGGCGAAUUCCGCGCGCGGCGACGUCGCCGUCUCCGUCGCGACGGACGUCGCCGCGGACGUGGCGCUGUCGGCGCCGCGCGUCGACGCGUCCGGCGCGGAGAACUUCGAGGCCGCGGGCGCCGAGCCCGGCGCGCUCACCGGCGCGCUCGUCGCCGUCGCCAAGCCGUUGAGCCGCAAGGGCGCGGGCAAGGUCGACGCGGCGGGCGCGGCGACGCAGCGCUGGGACUCGGCCGUGACGACGGACGCGCGCCGGCCGACCAUCGCCGCGACGGCCGCGGGGUGCGCGUCGCUCCGGACGCUGUCCUGGAUCGACUCCAUCCGGCGCCAGGUCGGGCUCCCGGAGGGCGCGACCGUCUCCUCGACGCUCUGCAUACCUGCGCCCGUGCCCAUCCUGUAG